AUGGCCCACAUGCAAAACAAUUCGAGCUCCUCAACUAGACGAUCAUUAAGAUUAUUAACUGCUGACCGUAAAUCAACGACAAAUAAAUCAACUAUUAAAGAAGACGAAGAACAACAAUCAUCAUCUUCAUCAUCAACUACAACUCGUCAAGCAAAAUCGAAAGCACUUGAAGCACUUUCCAUUAGCAAUAAUAAACGUCGAAUAGAUUCGGAAUCGGAUUUAAACGAAGAACAAGAAGAUAAUAGAGAACGAACAACAUCAUCAUUAUCUCAUCAUAUAUCGAAUGUUAUAAGACAUCGUAAACGAAGUGAACAAUUAACAAAUUUAAAAACAACAAAACGUCAACGAGAAUCAUCAUCUGACGAAGACGAACAUUUAUCUAUUCGAAGAAAAUCAAAAAGAAAUUCUGCACCGAUUUUAUUUCAUCAUAAUCGAAGAAAAAAAAGUGAUUCUGAACAACAAAGUGAAGAUACAGACACGGGGAAUUUUUGUGUUAAACGAAGAGCCGGCGGACGAGAACUUAAUACAGUUGCAAGCGAACCUUCAACUAAUAGUAAUCGACGAUCACGUCGUUAUACAACAAAAUCAUAUAUUGAUUAUUUGACAACGGGUCAAUCUUCUUCUAGUCGUUCAUCGGUGCCCGUCACCAACACUGCCGGUACUGAAAGCCGGUCGUGCGAUACAAAUAAUACCGGUGUAACCUCCUCCAAUAAUCCGUUACAUUUAUUUAAUUCUCCUGCAUAUUAUCAACACAAUUCUUCGUCUCCUCCGCCAUCAUCAGCUCAAUCUUACUCUGGUUUUGUUCCAACCACAUCAUAUACUUCACCACUUGUUGCUAGUGCUCAUCGUAAUACAAAACAACCAUUACAAAUGUCAACUGAAAGUGAUACUGAUCCCGAUAAUAGUCCUACAGCACGUGAUAUACUAUCUGAUCCAAAUUUUGUUCGUGCUGCCACAAGUGGCAGUUCAGCUAGUGCAGCACUUUUUCAUACAUUAACAGGUCGUGUACAACAUUUAAUGAGUAGAGUUGGAGGUGGAAGCUCAAUAAAUGGACGUUUACAACAAUAUAUUCAAGGAAUACAAUCACCUGAUCCUGAUGUUAAAUUAACAACACUUAAUGAAUUAUGUUCCCUUCUUGUUAUGAGUAAUGAAGAUACAUUACCUGGAUUUCAGUUUCGUGCACUUUAUCCACCAUUACGUGAUUGUUUAGCAGAUGAAAAUGAAGCCAAUGCUGAAAUAGCAUUAACAGCAUGUCGAGCUUUAACUUAUCUUAUGGAAGCAUUACCUCGUUCAGCAAUUCAAGUUGUCGAAGCUACUCCUAUAUUUUUAAGCAAAUUACGAAGUAUAACAUCAAUUGAUACAGCAGAACAAUCUUUAACAGCUUUAGAAAUGAUAUCAAAAAGAAAUGCAAAACAAAUUCUUAUUGCUGAUGGUAUUAGUGCUUGUCUUGAAUAUAUUGAUUUUUUUUCGAUGACAUCUCAACAUAAAGCACUUGCUAUAGUUGCAAAUUGUUGUAUACAUAUAUUAACACGUAAUGAUUUUAAAUAUAUUCGUGAACAUUUAGAAAAUUUAUCAAAUCGUUUACGUUCGGAUGAUAAAAAAACUAUUGAACAUAUUUGUUCAAUAUUUACACGUUUAGUUGAAAAUUUUCAUAAUGAUUCAACAAUAUUAUGUGAAAUAGCAUCACAAGAAUUACUUAAAACAAUGCAAACAAUGAUUAUUGUUCAACCAUCAUUAUUAAAUAGUACAACAUUUGUUAGUAUUAUUCAUAUGUUACAUAUAUUUGCUGCUUAUUGUCCAACACUUGCUAUGACAUUACUUAAAAUGAAUAUAGCCGAAACAUUAAUGUGUCUUUUAACUGGUUCAGCUGAAGGUAAAACAUCAACAACAAAAAAAUCUAUAACAUAUAAAUCAGCUACAUUACCAACAAAUGAAACGCUAACAAGUAUGACAUCAAUACAACAAACAAAUAAUAUUGAACUAAUUUUACAUACACCACAAGAAUUGUAUGAAAUUGUUUCUUUAAUUGGUGAAAUGAUGCCAAGAUUACCAUCGGAUGAACCAUUAUUUCAAAUUGAUCAAUUAUUUCAAGGUGGUAAAGGAUAUGAUGUUAAUUCAAAUAGUUAUAUUUUAUGGCAUUGGCAAGAUGAUCAAGGACAAUUAUGUCCAUAUUCAUUUCAAGAUUCUCAAGCAAUUGAACAAGCUUGGCAACAACAUGAAGAAGAAGUUCAAUUAGUUAUAUCUGGUCGACAUUAUCUUCUUGAUUUACAACAAUUACAACAAAUCAAUGAAGAAACUAAUCAAGCUCGUUUUAUAAGACGAAUUGCUAAUCCAAAUUCACCUGAUCCUAUUCAACCAUCAUCACCAUCACCAUCACUCUCAAUAGAAGAAUCAGCAGAAAAUUCUCCUUCAACAACAGCAACAACAACAACAACAACAACUAAUCCAAUCGAUCCUCGUACAGAAGUUUUAAAAGAUAAUAGUGAAUUAUAUAAUGCAUUUAUUCAAUCAUUAUUUACGACACUUUAUGAAGUUUAUAAUACAUCAGCUGGUCCAGCUGUAAAACAUCGUUGUUUACAAUCAUUACUUCGUAUGAUAUAUUAUUCAUCAUCGGAGUUACUUGAAACAAUUUUAAAACAACAAUCUAUAUCGUCACAUAUUGCUUCAAUGCUUGCAUCAUCUGAUUAUAAAAUUGUUAUUAGUGCAUUACAAAUUUCACAAAUACUUAUGAGAAAAUUACCGGAUAUAUUUUCUGUUUAUUUCUAUCGUGAAGGUGUUGUUCAUCAAAUUGAAAUUCUUAUUGGUCUUGGUAUAGCAUCAUCAUCAAAUUUAUCAAGUUCACAACCUGUUCAAAAUCCAACAACAACUCAAAGUCAACUUGAUCUUCCUCAUAUUCAAGAAAAUUCUUCAACAUCAACUAUUCCUGCACUUAGUGAAUCUUUCGAUGAACAACAAAUGCAUACAUAUAGUAAUGAUCCUCCACCAACACAUCGUGGUGCUGCAACACAACUUCAUCCUAAAACUCAAUCAUUUCCAUAUCGUGGUACAACAUCAUCACGUCGUUAUCAAAGCGAAUCAAAUCCAACUAAAGUUGAAACACGUUCACAACGUGGAGGUGGUCGUACUUCAACAACAACAUCAUCUUCACGUAUUAAAUCAUCAACACGUUCAAUGUUAGAAGAAAUGGCAUCAUCAACUCCUCCAGAAUCAACUUCAGUACGUAUUCGUCCUACACGUGGUGGUGGUGGUGGUGCUGGUAUUGGUUCAGGUUUCUUUCGACCAACAAGUGUUACUGAUACAUCUACUUAUUAUACUUUACCAACUGGUAGCCGACCACGUCCAAGUACACCAAUCUAUGUUCCAACAGCAUAUGUACAACAACCAUCCUAUCCAUAUGCAUCAAGUGCACCAGCAGCUGCUUCAUUAAUGAUAUCAAGUAGUUUAUCUCGAUCAAUUUUUCAUCAUCAACAACAAAGUUCAAUAACAUUAUCAUCACAAGAAAAACUGAAAUUAAAAGAAUGGAUACAAAAUCAAGCAAAAACGUUUCGUACAACAUAUUUCUCAAAUAAUUCAUCAAAUUCAAAUAUUGCUCUACAAAUAAUAAAUCGUUUAGCUUCAGCUGUUGAUAUCUUACAUGUUGGAAAAGAUUCAAUUGAAAAUGGUAAAGCAUUACGUGAUAUAGCAAAUAUUAUUGCUAAAGGUGAUGUAACACCUUUUGAAAUGGUACAUAGUGGUUUAAUAACGAAAUUAUUUCAAUAUUUAACUGAUGAUAUAUCAUUACCAAAUGAUCGAUUAGAACGAUUAAUAUUAUUUUUAAAUAUAUUUAUGAGUAUACCUGAUGAAAAUCAAGAUGAAAAAGAUUUAAAACAAUUUAUUAUUGAUUUAUAUCAUACACAAAUAAAUAAUAAUAAUAAUGGAAAAAUUAAUCAGAAUAUAUUAAAUUCUUUAAUUAGUAAAUUACAUGGAUGUAUUAAUCAACUUGAACAGUUUCCUAUUCGAGUAAAUGAUAUUGCUGGUCGACCAACUCAUAAUUCAGCUCUCCGUUUAAUAUCAACUCAUCAAUUAAAGUGCAAUCUUGUUCGACAUCCACAAUGCAAAACAUUGAAACAAUGGAAUAGUGGACCGGUGAAAAUUGAUCCAUUUGCACUUGUAUCAGCACUUGAAAAAUAUUUACUUUUACGUGGUGUUGCUAGUAGUGAAUCGAAUGAUCAAUCGGAUACACUUGAUGAUGAUGAUGAAAGUGAAGUAUCAAAUGAAUCCGAUGCUGAAGAUGUUAUUAAUGUUCUUGCUCAUUCAUCAUCAAUGCGACUUGAAUUUUUAAUUAAUGAUCAUCUUAUUCCACAUAAUAUGACGCUAUAUCAAGCUAUUCGAACGUAUAGUACUUCAACACAAAAAACAACUGAUGGUGAAUCUGAAACCGAUGUUGAUGAAUCCGUACUUUCAUCAUCUACAAUUUGGACACGUGUACAUACAAUUCAUUAUCGUCAAUUAACAAACUCGUCAUCAACUGUACCUGCUAUUAGUACAGAAAUAGGUGCAGCUAGUAGUACAACAUUAUCGAAUCGUUUUCGACAUGCUACUGAUAAUACACAAAGUACAUCAUCGAAAUCUUCAAAGAAAACAAUAAAAACUCCUAAACGUUCAUCAGCUUCUCCAACCAUUGAUGAAUUAUGGAUAAAUGGACAAUGUUCAAAAACAAAAUCUCUAUUAACAUCUGCUUUAAAUGAAUCAAUAUCAUCGAUAUUAACAAUAAAUGAUCUAUCUUUAAAUGCUAUAUCAUUACUUCAUAUAUUAAAUAGUUUAAAUCUUUAUUGGUAUGAUCUUUAUUUUCAUACAAAUACAAUGUUAAAUCAUCAUAAUACAUCAUUAACAUUAAUAUCAAAAAGUGAAUAUUUAUCAUCAAAAUUAACAUCAAAAGUCAAUAGACAAUUACAAGAUCCCGUUGUUAUUAUGAUGGGACAUAUACCGUCAUGGAUAACAGAAAUGGGUUAUACAUGUUCAUUUUUAUUUCCAUUUGAAACACGACAAAUGAUUUUCUAUCCAUGUGCAUUUGAUCGUGAACGUGCUAUGCAAAGACUUUUAGAUAGUUCCGAUAUGUUAACACAACAACAUAAUAAUGAUCAAACAGAUAGACAAUCUGUUAUACCAAGAAUUGAAAGAAAAAAAGUACAAUUAUCACGAGGAAAUAUUCUUGCGGAAAUGGAAAAAAUACUUGAUAAUUGGAAUUCAAAACAUUUCUUAGAAGUUCAAUAUGAAGAUGAAGUUGGUUUUGGUCUUGGACCAACAUUAGAAGCCUAUGCAUUAUUAUCGAAAGAAUUACAAAAAAAUGGUUGUGAAUUAUGGAGAACUGACAAAAUUUUCGAUUCAAACAAAGAUAAAGAUACACCUAUGCCUGAAUAUGUUGAUACUCGUCAUGGUCUUUAUCCAGCACCACUUGGUCGUAAUGCUAAAGCAAAUAUUAUAACAAAAGUUCGACAAAAAUUUAAAUUUCUUGGAAAAUUUAUGGCUAAAGCAUUGUUAGAUUCGAGAAUGAUCGAUAUGCCAUUUAGUAUUGUAUUUUAUAAAUGGAUGUUAGGUGAAGAAGAUAGUUUAAAUCUUGAAGAUCUUAUUCAUAUUGAUAUAAAUAUUUAUGAACAAUUUAAGAAAUUACAAGCAGUUGUUCAUAUUCGUGAUAAAUUAAUAUCACAAAAUCAAAUUUUAAAUCAACAAAUAACAACAAAUAAAUUAAAUAAUAAGAAACGUUUGAAAUCUAAAGAUGAUACACUUUUAGACAGUUCACCAAGUUCAAAUAUUUUUGAUGAAAAUGAUGACAAAUUAUUCCUAGAUGGUUGUAAAAUCGAUGAUUUAGCACUUGUAUUUACAUUACCUGGCUAUCCUAAUAUUGAAUUGAAAAAAGGUGGAAGAGAUUGUUUAGUUACAAUUCAAAAUCUUGAUCAAUAUGUUAAUUUAGUUGUAUAUUGGACAUUAGUUGAAGGUGUUCGACGACAAUUCGAAUCAUUUCGAGAUGGAUUUAAUUCGAUAUUUCCUAUACAUCAUUUGAAAUGCUUUUAUCCAGAUGAACUUCAUCAAGUAUUUUGUGGUAGUGGUUCAACAGAAUUAUGGGAUCUUAAAGUUUUACUUGAAUCGACACGUUGUGAUCAUGGAUAUAAUUUGAACAGUCGAGCUGUAAAAUGGCUUUUUGAUAUAAUGAUUAAUUUUGAUAUUGAUGAACAAAGAGCAUUUUUACAAUUUGUUACUGGUAGUCCUCGAUUGCCCGUUGGAGGUUUUCGUAUGCUACAUCCUCCAUUAACAGUUGUUCGAAAAACUGCUGAGAAUAAUAAUGAUAAUACAACUUCGGAUUCAUUUCUACCAAGUGUAAUGACCUGUGUUAACUAUCUCAAGUUACCUGAUUAUUCAUCAAAAGAAAUUAUGAAAACAAAAUUAACAACAGCAAUACGGGAUGGUCAAUAUGCAUUUCUAUUAUCUUAA